AUGCCCGGUGGACACAAAGGUGAAUAUGGGGACGAUGUGGACCCAAUGCCCUUCCUGGACAAGAAGGAGGGCUUUGUCGCGAGGGAGAUCCAGUCCAAACAGGGUGACCAAGUCACCGUGAAGACGAUCACCAACCAGAUGCUCACCGUGAACAGGGAUGGCAUCCAGCAGAUGAAUCCACCCAAAUUCUACCAGGCCAGUGACAUGGCGGACAUGACCUUCCUGAACGAGGCCAGCGUCCUGAACAAUCUAGGCCAACGCUACGUCAACAUGAGGACCUAUACCUACUCAGGCUUGUUCUGCGUGACCAUCAACCCCUACGGGUGGCUGCCCAUCUACGGGGCCCGCGUGGCCAACAUGUACAAAGGCAAGAAGCACACAGAGAUGCCACCCCACCUCUUCUCCAUCUCAGACAACGCCUACCACGACAUGCUCAUGGAUCGUGAAAAUCAGUCCAUGCUGAUCACGGGAGAGUCCGGGGCUGGCAAGACUGAGAACACCAAGAAGGUCAUCCAGUACUUUGCCAACAUCGGAGGAAGUGGCAAAGAGUCCUCGGAUAAGAAGGGGUCCCUGGAGGAUCAAGUCAUCCAGGCGAACCCUGUGCUGGAGGCUUUCGGGAACGCCAAGACCAUCAGAAACAACAACUCCUCCCGCUUUGGCAAGUUCACCCGAAUCCACUUCAGAACCACCGGCAAGCUGGCUGGAGCAGACAUGGAGAGCUAUCUCUUAGAGGAAUUGCGGGUCAUCUCCCAGCAAGCCGCUGAGAGGAGCUACCACAUUUUCUACCAGAUUCUCUGCAACAAGAAGCCUGAGCUUGUGGAAAGCCUGCUGCUGGUCCCCAACCCUAAGGUGUACCACUGGGUGAGCCAGGGCGUCACUGUCGUGGAUAACGUGGACGACGGGGAAGAGCUGCAGAUCACAGACGUGGCUUUUGACGUGCUGGGCUUCAGCACCGAGGAGAAGAUCGGCGUGUAUAAGCUGCCCGGGGGCAUCAUGCACUUUGGCAACAUGAAGUUCAAGCAGAAGGCUAGAGAGGAGCAGGCCGAGGUGGACACCACAGAGGGUAGGUGCGGGGCGGGGGCCAUGCAGGGGGCGCGGGGCUCUCCUGCUUCCUCUUUCUUUCCCUCACCUGCUUUCUCUGUCCCUACUCAGUGGCUGACAAAGUCGCCCACCUCGUGGGUCUCAACUCUGGGGAGCUCCAGAAAGGCCGUCUACGACAAGAUGUUCAAGUGGCUGGUGAUCCGGAUGAACAAGACCUUGGACACCAAGAUGCAGCGGCAGCUCUUCAUCGGGGCGCUGGACGUCGCCGGCCUCGAGAUCUUUGAGUUCAACAGCUUCGAGCAGCUGUGCAUCAACUUCACCAAUGAGAAGCUGCAGCAGUGCUUCAACCACCACAUGUUCGUGCUGGAGCAGGAGGAGCACAAGAGGGAAGGCAUCAGAUGGGUCUUCAUCGACUUUGGCCUUGACCUGCGGGCCUGCAUCGACCUCCUGGGAAAGCCCAUGGGUAUCUUCUCCAUCUUGGAGGAACAGUGCGUCUUCCCCAAGGUCACGGACGCCAUGUUCAAGGCAGCCCUGUACGACAACCACCUGGGCAAGUCCAGCAACUUCCUCAAGUCCAGGGUUAAGGGCAAGGGCAAGGGGCCCGAGACCCACUUCGAGCUCAUCCACUCCGCAGGCACCGGGAGUACCGUGGGUUACAACAUCUCGGGCUGGCUGGAGAAGAACAAAGACCCCCUGAAUGAAACAGUGGUGGGCUUGUUCCAGAAAUCAAGUCUGGGGAUCCUGGGCCUUCUCUUCAAAGAAGAGGAGACUCCAACUGGGACCAAGAAGCAAAAGCGAGGAUCCACCUUCAAGACAGUUUCCAAUUUCUACAGGGAGCAGUUGAACAGGCUGAUGACGACUCUCCACAGCGCUGCCCCCCAUUUCGUCCGCUGUAUUACCCCCAAUGAGUUCGAGCAGUCGGAUUCGUCACAGGGACGCGUGGUGGAUGCCCAGCUGGCUUGCAACGGAGUCCUGGAAGGCAUCCGUAUUUGCAGGAAGGGCUCCCCCAACAGGCUGCAGUACCCAGAGUUCAAACAGAGGUACCAAGUGCUAAACCCCAGCGUGAUCCCUCAGGGGUUCGUGGACAACAAGAAGGCCUCCGAGCUGCUGCUUGGGGCCUUGGGCCUGGAUACGAAUGAAUACAAAAUUGGACACACCAAGCGUGUCUUCCCCGCAGCGGGUAUCCUGGCCAAGCUCGAGGACGUGCGGGACGAGCGCCUGGCCAAGACCACAAUCGUGUUGCAGUGUCGGCUCCGGGGUUUCCUCAUGAGGGUGGAGUUCAAGAAGACGCUGGAACGAAGGCAGCCCCAGCGGGGCAGGGCCACCGAGGCCACACCGAUGGGCCUCAAGGUCAUCCAGCGGAACACACGCAAGUUCUUGCAGCUGCGUUUCUGGGGCUGGUGGAAGCUCUACAACAAGGUCAAGCCGCUCCUGAACGUGGCUCGGCAAGAGGAGGAGAUGAAGGCCAAGGAGGAGGAGCUGAGGAAUGCUAUGGCCAAGACCCAGGAGUUGCUAGGCAAGGUCAAGGAGCUGGAGGAGAAGACAGCCACGCUCGGCCAGAAGAAGAACGACCUCACCAUCCAGCUGCGGGCGGAGCAGGAGAACCUGAUGGACGCGGAGGAGCGCCUGACGCAGAUGAUGAAGGCCAGGAUGGAGCUGGAGAGCCAGAUCUCCGACAUGCGGGAGCGGCUGGAGGAGGAGGCGGGCACGUCGGCCUCGCUGAGCGCCACCAAGCGCAAGCUGGAAGGGGAGCUGAGUGGCCUCAAGUGGGACCUGGAGGGCCUGGAGACCACGCUGGCCAAGACGGAGAAGGAGAAGCAUGCCCUGGAUCACAAGGUCCGCACCCUGACUGGGGACCUCUCACUUCGAGAAGACUCCAUCGCCAAGCUCCAGAAGGAGAAGAGGGCCCUGGAGGAGCUGCACCAGGAAACCCUUGACGACCUGCAAGCUGAGGAGGACACCUGA